AUGAGCCACGCAGAACACGGUGAAGUGUGCGACGACAGUCCGUUAUUGGAACUGAACCCAGUCGAGUUUGCGCCGUUCAAAAACGUCAACGAAUUUCUGAUUGGGUUUUGUCGGCCUCGGCAAAGUCUCAGCUCUGUUCCGGAUGGGAACACACAGAUUCUUGUAGACGACAGCGCUUCACAAUCGUCGUCUUAUAAAAUAAGUCCCUCAUCCAGAGGGUUGGAAGCUGUUAUCAACGUACACCCAUACACAAACUUGAAAAGAGCACUACAUUACGGCUUCUGCGAUCCCACAGAGCUUGUCGGAGACGAAAGGAAAUCCGCAACGAAUAGAAGUAUUAAUUCCGGCGUCACCACGCAGACCAUUGAUAGCGGGGAUAUAAGUUCCAUUACCGCAGUUCCAGACGAGCAGGAAGAUGACGAAGACGAACAGAGUGGUAUCAUUUUUACACAUCCGGGCACUGGACGUGCCAUUCGUGUAUAUAAGGCAUUGGAAGUUUUUGUACUGACCAUUGCGGUGCUCAUUUUCGCUUUUCGUACGCUUCGCAAAUUAAACGUUCCGAUAGGCUUCGAAUUGAAAACAAGGAUUGAUGAAGACGAGCCUUCAUUUUACUUUUCGUUUUCCUGAAUUCCUUAGUUCAAUCUUGGCGAAUUUUAGGCUAGCUGUAUGAUAAUGUACACUACACCAUUAAACUUGAUGUUG